GUACCAGUUGACGAAAUCGAAUGACGACAAUAGGCGCAACACAAUUAACUGCAAGCAAAAUACAAUGUAAAGGGUUUCAAAAACAUUUUUUUAUCAAUGGUAAGGUUAAAAAAAUUACUUUUUAAGACUCACAUCUGUGAGAUAGAUAGGCCACGAAGUAAGCAUAAGCUUUAAUUUUCUUGUCUUUUAGUCUUAGAUCAACGAAAAAUUUUAGAAGUGACAUCCGGAGAUGGUAAGCUUUAUUUGUGAUGGCUGUCAAGAUACGGUAAAAAAGUCAAAACUGCAACAGCACUACAAUCGCUGCGGUGAAGAUUUCAAUUGUAUAGAUUGCCACCAAAGGUUCUCCGGGCGGAGCUGGAUUUCGCACACAUCAUGCAUAUCGGAGGAGGAAAAAGUCAAGGCGAGGCCUAUGCACAAUAACAAGAAGAGGGAGUCAACUGAAAGAACAGAUUCGUUAGAGCAAAAGCAUUGUGACGAAGCUGAAGGAAAAAGCUCUAGUCAUAAGAAACCAAAAAAGAAUUCAAGCCACAAAAAAGACAACGCCUCUGAUCCAGAUCGUAAACAUGUUGCUCGUGAUAAGCAUUCCAAGAAUAUUGACAAAGAGAAGAAGAAAAAGCAUUCUAGAAGAAUUCAGCGAUCAGAGAAUCAGAAUAUGUAGGUGUAGUUAAUUAAACUAGUCAAGAAAUAAGUAAGACACAAUACAAUAUCUAAACGUGAUGCACUCCUUCCUCUGAUUAUUAAAUGUUUUCUUGUAGAUAUUGAACAACCCAAAAGUUACCAGGAGGCAUGUUCAUUCUGUCUCUGACAUUACACAGGGAAUCAGA